GCAGCAGCAGCGGCGCCGCCCGCGGUUCCCGCCGGGGCCCGGGCGCCGGCCCCGCUCUGCAGGAUGGGCACGGUGCUGUCGCUUUCCCCUGCCUCCUCGGCCAAGGGCCGGAGGCCCGGCGGGUUGCCGGAGGAGAAAAAGAAGGCGCCGCCCGCGGGGGACGAGGCGCUGGGGGGCUACGGGGCGCCGCCAGUGGGCAAGGGCGGCAAAGGCGAGAGUCGGCUCAAGCGUCCGUCCGUGCUCAUCUCGGCGCUCACCUGGAAGCGCCUGGUGGCCGCAUCUGCCAAGAAGAAGAAAGGCAGCAAGAAGGUGACGCCCAAGCCAGCGUCCACCGGUCCUGACCCUCUAGUCCAACAACGCAACCGCGAGAACCUUCUCCGCAAGGGCCGGGACCCCCCCGACGGCGGUGGCGCUACCAAGCCCCUGGCUGUGCCAGUGCCCACAGUGCCCGCGGCUGCUGCCACCUGCGAGCCACCGUCGGGGGGCAGCGCUGCAGCCCCGCCGCCAGGAUCGGGUGGAGGAAAGCCGCCACCGCCACCACCCCCAGCCCCGCAGGCGGCGCCGCCGGUGCCUGGUGGCUCGCCGCGGAGGGUCAUCGUGCAGGCGUCCACUGGCGAGCUGCUCCGCUGCCUGGGCGAUUUCGUGUGUCGACGCUGCUACCGCCUCAAGGAGCUGAGCCCUGGCGAGCUGGUGGGCUGGUUCCGCGGCGUGGACCGCUCGCUGCUGCUGCAGGGUUGGCAAGACCAGGCCUUCAUUACGCCCGCCAACCUGGUGUUCGUGUACCUGCUGUGCCGCGAGUCGCUGCGAGGGGACGAGCUGGCGUCGGCCGCCGAGCUGCAGGCCGCCUUCCUCACCUGCCUCUACCUCGCCUACUCCUACAUGGGCAACGAGAUUUCCUACCCACUCAAGCCCUUCCUCGUGGAGCCUGACAAGGAGCGCUUCUGGCAGCGUUGCCUGCGCCUCAUCCAGCGGCUCAGCCCGCAGAUGCUGCGGCUCAACGCCGACCCCCACUUCUUCACGCAAGUCUUUCAAGACCUCAAGAAUGAGGGCGAGGCUGCCGCCGGCGCCGGGGGUCCACCGAGUGGGAGCGCGCCCACAGCUUCUUCGGCCGCCAGGGAUAGCUGCGCGGCCGGAGCCAAGCACUGGACUAUGAACUUGGACCGCUAGGGAUACC